UUGAAGACACAUCUCCAUUGCUGGAAUGAGGUUGGCGGUAAGCUAGACUACUCGCCGGUAUCCUGGCGGGAGUAUUACGAUCAGAUGGAAGAUGUGAGCGUGGGGUUGGCCGACAGUAGGGACAUCUUCAGGAUUUAUAAAGCAGGAAGUGAUGGACCACUGCUGGUUCUGCUGCAUGGAGGAGGACACUCUGCCCUGUCCUGGGCCGUCUUCACUACAGCCAUCACCAGCAGAGUGACCUGCAGAGUACUUGCCAUGGACCUCAGGGGUCAUGGUGCCACCCUGGUUCGCCAAUCAGACGACUUCUCAACUCAAACUAUGUCCAGCGACGUAGCCAAUGUGAUUGGAGUCUGCUAUGGUGAGACUCCUCCCCCCAUUGUCCUGAUUGGCCAUGGCGUUGGCGGAGCAAUCGCAGUGCAUACAGCCAGCAACAUGCUGGUACCAACCACUGUGGGCCUGGUGGCUAUAGACGUUGUGGAAGGUAGUGCAAUGGAGGCACUCCAUAGCAUACAGAACUUCCUGAAGGGUAGACCCAAGUCCUUCAAGUCCAUGGACCACGCAAUAGAGUGGAGCGUCAAGAGCGGGCAAAUCCGGAACCUGGAAUCUGCCAGAGUCUCAAUGGUUGGUCAGAUCAAAAGAUGUGAGGUUGAAGACGCUGACACUCAGGAGCAGGCCAGCCCAGUGACUGACGUGGUCGUUGAGCGUAACGAAGAAUUCUACGAUCAGAGCUACGUCAAUGACAAAGAAAAUGCCACCUCAGAGGUGAGCCUCAGCGAAGGCCAGAGUGUGUACAAGUGGCGUAUAGACCUGUCAAAGUCAGAAAAGUAUUGGGACGGCUGGUUUAGAGGAACCUCCAACCUCUUUCUUGCUUGCAACCUGCCCAAACUCCUGCUAUUGGCUGGAAUAGACCGUCUGGACAGAGAUCUGACUAUCGGCCAGAUGCAAGGUAAAUUCAUGAUGCAGGUGCUGCCCCCUUGUGGCCACGCGGUGCAGGAAGACAAACCAGACAAAGUUGCUGAAGCUGUGGCUGCUUUCCUGUUGAGGCACAAGUUUGCUGAACCCAGAAGAGAAACCAGGAGCGCCAACUCUUUCACACGAUGAGGUCUGCAGACCAGCAAUAAAAGCAGCUCCAGGUUUAGAGACGACUGCUUCCACAUUUACCUGAAGACCCGUAAAGGCCUCCAUUUUUAUUUUGCGCCUUCAUCCUUCAUCAGAAGCUGCUGAUGUCUCGUG